GCCAGCCCAGGCCCCGCCCCUAGGAGGGCGCUUCCGGCACAGCGGAACUCCGGGUGCCGGGUGAGGUUGCUGGAGGACGUGCUCGGUCGUCUCGGAUGAGGCUCCAUGAGCGCGGCGCCCCUGGUGGGCUACAGCAGCAGCGGCUCCGAGGAUGAGUCCGAGGACGGGAUGCGGACCAGGCCGGGGGAUGGGAGCCACCGUAGUGGCCAGACCCCCCUUCCCAGGCAGAGGUUUCCAGUACCUGACAGUGUGCUAAACAUGUUCCCCGGCACCGAGGAGGGGCCUGAAGAUGACAGUGCCAAACACGGGGGACGGGUGCGCACCUUCCCCCAUGAGCGGGGCAACUGGGCCACCCACGUCUAUAUACCAUAUGAAGCCAAGGAGGAGUUCCUGGAUCUGCUUGAUGUGUUGUUGCCACAUGCCCAGACAUACGUCCCCCGGCUGGUAAGGAUGGAGGCGUUCCACCUCAGCCUGUCCCAGAGCGUGGUUCUGCGCCACCACUGGAUCCUCCCCUUUGUGCAAGCUCUGAAAGCCCGCGUGGCCUCCUUCCAGAGAUUCUUCUUUACUGCCAACCAGGUAAAGAUUUACACCAAUCAAGAGAAAACCAGGACCUUUAUUGGGCUCGAGGUCACUUCAGGGCAUGCCCAGUUCCUGGACCUGGUUUCAGAGGUGGACAGAGUCAUGGAGGAAUUCAACCUUACCACUUUCUACCAGGACCCUUCUUUCCACCUCAGCCUGGCCUGGUGUGUGGGUGAUGCACGUCUCCAGCUGGAGGGGCAGUGCCUGCAGGAACUACAGGCAAUCGUGGAUGGGUUUGAAGAUGCUGAGGUGCUGCUGCGCAUGCAUACUGAGCAAGUCCGCUGCAAGUCUGGGAACAAGUUCUUCUCGAUGCCUUUGAAGUGAGCACCAGAGGUCUUCCUCCUCCAAGCCCCUCUGCAGGCCAGGCUGAGAUGGAGGAACCCCCUAAAAUCGAUGGAGAUGCUUCUAGCCUCCCACUAGGAGGCCCCAGCCAUGCUUUCAGCCUGGCAGGAGGUGUAGCCCCUCCUCAUCCUCCCUGAGUGCUGAUCAUUUCCCUCUCUCGCCUAUCUUCUUUCUCCUCUCUCUUUCUCCCUCUCUCCUCUCUCUCCUUACUUGGCUAUUGUGGGUUGCUGGUUGGGUGCUGCUGUGCUGUGGCCCUUCCCAGAAACUGCCAGUAGAGGGCAGCCUGGGCAUCCUAAUUCUUACUCUCUGGUGUUUUGCAAAGAAAAUAUUGGGGUCACUGGCGAACCCACCCACACUCGCCAGAAUCUCCACUGUAGUCCCUCUAACAAACAGCCCUUCACUCCCUCUCCCACUUCCCCCGCUUCAGCAAUUUGUAUUUCAAUGCCAUUGGCCUCAGAUCAGAGUUUUUUAAAUCAUCAUGCCCUGACUUAUUCCUGGUCAAGCAAGGACAUGGGGUGCUUCAGUGGGUCUGUCAGCCUCUCUCCUUGAACAGUGUCACUUUUAUUAAUUUACUUUUACUUCCACCCUGCUUCUGUGCCAGCAGGGGCCACUUCAGGGCCAAGAUACAGGGUGAUAAUUUGUGGUCCAGCAUCAGUUUUCUCUACUCCUUUCUUCCACUCACCUCCAGCAAGGUGCCUGGGAGACUAGCAGAUGUUUCAUUUUGGCCUGGCCAGUGGCUGAAAGCCAGGCCUCCAAUGCACUGUGACCUCUGGCUUCCCCAGCAGCUUUCCCAGAGAGGCAGAGGAGCCUUUCACAGCCCAGGUUCUCCUCCUGCUGCUGCCUCCCGCCCGCUGCAGCUGCAGGCAUUCUGAGGGGCAACGUGGAGGCAGGUUUUUUCAUCAAACCUUCCCCCUGGCAAAGGGACAGUCAGUCCUCUCCAGGUGUCUUCUGUAUUUCUGGUGAUGGAUACAGAAAUCUUCUUAUGUUACAGUUUUAAAUUAUGUUCAACAAAUAAAAAUUGCAUUUUUUAUUUUGGA